AUGUUCAACAACGGCUAUGUGGGAACCGGCGAGGAUGUGCAGCGCAUCCGUCGCAUGGAGAAGCAGCGUGAGGAGCAGCGGAAAAAGUUCGAGGCGCUCCAAAAGCAGACCAAAGACCAAGCCGAUGCUGCUGGCCUUAGGCAAUUCGGCGCAUCAACCGAGGAGGCUUUGGAGCACGCCUUCAAGAACGAGACAGUGGGUCUCGUGACCAAAGCUGAGUUCAUUCAGAAGCGGACCACGUUGCAGGAACGUUUGGAGGAGGAGCACCGGCGGAAGGCGGAGGCGGAUGAGGACGCGGCCAGCAGGGAGAGGGAGAAGCGCAAGCGGGCGAAGGAGGCCAGGAAACCCAAACUGAGCUUUCUAGUGGAUGAAGACGGCGGAGAUGGCGAGGAGGGGGACCCCGCUACAGCGCCGCCGCCGCCGCCGCCGUUUGCCAAGUUCGGGAAGGACCCCACGGUGGCCACUGACUUCUUGCCGGACAAGGACCGUGAGCGGCUGGAGGCUGAGAUGCGAGCUGCUCUGCGAAAGGAGUGGCAGCUGGCCCAGGACGCGAUCAAGUCUGAGCCGCUGGCCAUCACCUACUCCUACUGGAACGGCACCGGACACCGUCGCAACAUCACGAUCAAGAAGGGCGACUCCAUUGGCAACUUCCUGAAGGCGGUCCGGGAGCAGCUGGCGCCCGAGUUCCGGGAGCUGAGGCACGUGGGGAUGGACAACCUCAUGUACAUCAAGGAAGAUCUGAUCAUGCCGCACCACCACACCUUUUACGACCUGAUCGUGAACAAGGCCCGCGGGAAGUCCGGUCCGCUGUUCGACUUCAGUGUUCGAGAGGAUAUCCGCGUGACCAACGACGCGACGCAGGAGAAGCAGGACAGCCACGCGGGCAAGGUUGUGGAGCGGCAUUGGUACGACAAGAACAAACACAUCUUCCCGGCUAGUCGGUGGGAGAUAUACGACCCGGAGAAGAAGUACGGCGAGUACACCAUCUUUGGAUAG